AUGCAUAAACUCGCCCUUCUCUCCCUUCUUCCAGCCGUCCUGGCCUGCCUCGAUCCCAGCAAGAAUGCCUGCGCAAGCUUCAUGAAUGCCAACAAGGCGACCGCGUCCGCCUUCUGCGCGACCUUCACCCGCAGCUUAGUCACUACCACGCAAGGCCUGCCUGUAUGGGCCACAAACUGCAGCAACAAGCCCAGCUUGCUCUCCAAGAAAUGCAGCUGUUACUUCACGGGUAAUACUGCCCCUCCAACGAUAGUGAAGGCGACGACCGCGGCCGAGGCUCCCACUAUCAAGACUAUGACGGGGCUCAAGGCGACCACUACAAACAAGGCUACCACCCUCCAGACCAGCACGGUUCGGGUCACGGCUGCCCCGUUGGAGGUGACCACUGCUCUGCCCAAGAGCUCUGGCGCCGUGUCAACCUCGGCGGCAAUUACCGUCAAGGCCGGCCAGACCUUCGACGGCGGCAUGAAGAACUAUGACCGGUGGCCCCGCGUCUGCCAAGAACAAAAAGAAACGGGCGAAGCGGACGCAAUGUUCGUCCUCGAAGACGGCGCAACCCUGCAAAACGUGAUCAUCGGCCCAAACCAAGCCGAAGGCGUGCACUGCAAGGGCCGGUGCAACAUCAUCAAUGUGUGGUGGCAAGACGUGUGUGAAGAUGCCAUCACCCUCAAGCAGUCCUCGGGCACCUCCAACAUCAUCGGCGGUGGCGCGUUCAAGGCCUCCGACAAGAUCGUUCAGUUCAAUGGGUUCGGCACGGUCAACAUUAGGAACUUCUACGCGAAGGACUACGGCAAGGUCGCACGCAGCUGCGGUAACUGCAAGACUAACGGCAAAGGGUCACGGCACAUCGUGCUGGAGAAUAUUAAGGCAGUUGAUGGCGGUGUCCUGUGUGGGAUUAACACCAAUUAUGGGGAUACCUGCACGAUAAAGAGCAGCUGCCAGAAAAAGAAUAAGACCUGUGACCGGUUCACAGGGAAUAAUAGUGGGAAGGAGCCAAACAAGAUUGGAAGUGGUGCUGAUGGGCAGUAUUGCAAGGUUAGUUCGUUUGUCACGAGCUGCUGA